AUGGAGCAGACGUCUACAGCCUUGUCCAAAACUGUGACAACAAUGGAGACAAAGUUGGCUGAACUAGAGGAUCGGAGCAGACGAAAUAACAUCGUUGUGCAUGGGCUCUGUGAGCGAAAAGAGAACUCUAAUGCUUUACAGUAUAUCACUGCCCAGCUCCCACUGUGGUUCCCCACGCUGAAAGAUACGCCACCUGAGAUCAUGAGAGUGCACCGUAUUGGAGUUUCCCGGAGCAAGGCGACAAAACCGAGGGUCAGGAUUUUCAUGUGCCUAAGAUACACCGACAGAGCAAGGAUUUUGAAAGCUGCGAGGGACUCACCGUUGGUUAUGGAAGGAAAGGAUGUCCGCUUCACGGCUGACUACAGCAUUGUAACCCGGGCCCGUCGCAAAUCCUGCUAUCCUGUCAUGGAAAAGGCUCGGCUAGAGGGUUACCAGGCCUUCUUGCUUUAUCCGGCCACUAUAAAAGUGUCCAAAGGCCAUGAGCACACGCUAUUUCAGGAUCCUGUGAUGUUGGAAGAGUUCCUCGACAGUCGGGAGAAUGAAGAAUCUUUUGGAAACAUGACGCGGGCUCAAGUUGCUCAGAUUGAUGAUGAGAACAAUGUAACAUAA